CAAACACUCCAACCACCUUCCAACUACUAAACGUAGCCCUCACUCUUGCAGAGACUCAAGAAUAAAACGAUCCUCAUCCUCACACGCCUCUUCCUUUCGCAGCUUAACUUUCUUCUCAAUCUUCUCGCCCUCCUCAAAAAAAAAACCUACACGCGAAAAUGAUCUUCUCUAAAACCGCCAUCAUCGCUGCUGCUGUGGCUUGUCUCACUGUCUUCUCUGAGGCUCACGUCUCCCUCAGGUCCCCCUGCCCUCGUGGCGCUCCCUUCGCUGGAUGCCCCAAGGCCUCGACCAUUGACUAUGACAUCACCACGCCCAUUGGUACCAACGACCACAUCGGUCGUCCUCUGUGCAAGAAUACCGAUGUCCAAUCUAAGCGCGCUUUCUACAAGGCCGGUCAGACUAUCAAGACCGAGUAUCAGAUCGGUGCUGCUCACGGUGGCGGACAUUGCCAAUGGGCUUUGUCAUACGACGAAGGUAAAACUUGGGUUGUCAUCCAGACCUUGGUCCGUGACUGUCUUCGUAAUGUUCCCAAUGGAGGGAAAUACUCUGUGAACGUCAAGAUCCCCAAGGAUGCUCCUUCGGGCAAGGCCAUCUUCAUGUGGUUGUGGAACAAUGCUAUCGGUAAUCGUGAGCUAUACUCCAACUGUGUCGAUAUUGAGAUCAAUGGCAAGAACGGAGGCAAGCUUAAGGGUGUUAGACCUUUGAUUGCUAACUAUGGUCCUGGAACCUCUGUUAUCGGCGAGUUCCCCAGACAGAAUGAUGCUGAUGGCCACGAACUCUUUGCUAAACGCAAGUCCAUCACCAUUACUGUUCCCAAGGCCAGCAAGAGCAAGAGCAAGAGCAAGAGCAAAUAAAUUAAAGGAAUGCCCGUUGCUAGAUCCUGUCAAAGUAUUUGCUUAUCGAGUACACGGCCUUUUAUUUUUUCCUUGGUAAACAUGGACCUCUAUACUGAUCAAUCAUCUAGACGAAAACUGAUAAUAAAAAAAGUGUUUAGCAGGU